ACACACGAAAAGUGUACUUCCACCACCUGCUGGUGAAAACAAACACUGCACCCCAUCACUCAUUUUAUCAGCCUCAAUGAUGACAGGUGUGGUUAAUCAACACAACAACCCAUCCAGGGUGACAAACAUUUCAAACAGUUCAAGAGGAUACAUCUCAGAGAGUAAAAGUACAAAGGCAAUACAUCAAAAUAUCAGCAGUACAUUAAAAAAAGAGUUAUAAGAUAGAAGAUGUGGACCAUUUUGGAGGAGACUUUAUGUGCAGCAUCUCCGACAGGACCUGAAUGCAGCAUGUGUUCAGACAGCGGAGGCUGGGCACCAUCCGGCACCAUCAGGAUCAGGAUGGGCAGCUGGCAGCUGAUCUGCGUCUCUGCAUUAACAACCGCAUCCACAUGAAUGACAGACCCACUGAAAUCUUUCUGAGCAGAAACCCACAGAAGAAGUAGUGACCGGGUGGAAGGAUGGACUCCAUCUCUAUGAUGGGCGGCAGCAGGAGCCAUGUGUUCCUCACAGCCUCCUCCUCCCACCACCACCACCAUCAUGCCCAGGCCUGUUUCCUGCCCAACGGCGUGAAGAACGGCAUUGGAGACGCAGGCGCCGCUUGUCUGCCCGCCCAGCCUACGGUGGCCAUCCUGGGCUCAGGUGACUUCUCCAAGUGCCUGACCAUCCGUCUGCUGCGCUGUGGUUUCCACGUCGUGGUGGGCAGCCGCCACCCUAAACUGGCGGCCCAGUCAUUUCCCCACGUGGUGGAUGUGACCCACCACGAGGACGCCGUGGGGAAGGCCAGUAUUGUGUUCCUGGCGAUUCGCCGUGAGCACUACUCUAUUCUGUGGGACCUCAAACAUCUACUGGAAGGAAAGAUUAUGGUGGAUGUGAGUAACAACAGGCGGGUGAACCAGUAUCCAGAGUCUAACGCAGAGUAUCUGGCUUCACUGCUGCCAGACUCAAUCGUGGUCAAAGGCUUCAACGUCAUCUCAGCCUGGGCCAUGCAGCAGAGCUGCCCCAAAGAUGCCAGCACGCAGGUGUUUAUCUGCAGUGACUCGGUGGAGGCUCGACAGCAGAUUAUGGAGUUAGCCCGCCAGCUCAACUUCCAGCCAGUGGAUAUGGGCACCCUGUCUUCUUCGCGGGACAUCGAAAACAUGCCCAUACAGUUAUUUCCUGGCUGGAAGGGCCCUGUCCUCGCUGCCGUGGCCCUCUCCAUCUUCUUUUUUGCUUACUCUUUUGUACGAGAUAUCAUCCACCCAUAUGUGAAAUACAAGCAGAGUGACUUCUACAAGAUCCCAAUAGAGAUGGUGAACCGGACAUUGCCCACUGUUGCUAUCACUCUCUUGGCCCUGGUGUACCUGGCAGGCCAGCUGGCAGCUGCCCACCAGCUCUAUUAUGGUACUAAGUACAGGCAUUUCCCACACUGGCUGGAGGGCUGGCUGCAGAGCCGGAAACAGAUGGGCCUCCUCAGCUUCUUCUUGGCUGCUGUCCAUGUUCUCUACAGCCUCUGUCUGCCCAUGAGGAGGUCUGAGAGGUACCUACUGCUCAACACCGCCUACCAGCAGGUCCAUGCUAAUGUGGAGAAUGCGUGGAAUGAGGAGGAGGUGUGGAGGGUGGAGAUGUACGUUUCCUUUGGGAUCAUGAGCCUUGGGCUGCUGUCACUCCUUGCCAUCACCUCCAUUCCAUCUGUCCACAGCACGCUGAACUGGAGGGAGUUCAGCUUCAUACAGUCCACUCUGGGCUACAUUGCUCUGCUCAUUGCCACCUUCCACGGCCUGCUGUUUGGCUGGAAGCGAGCCUUUGAGGAGGAGGCCUACCGUUUCUACCUUCCCCCCAGCUUCGUCGUGGCCCUGGCCCUGCCCGUGUGCGUAAUACUGGGAAAGGUGUUGAUGCUGCUCCCCUGCGUCGCCCGCAAGCUCCACCGGAUCCGCCGGGGCAUGGACAGCAGCGAGUACCGGUGCCAGCGCCUGGAGCCCGUGGGGUCGGCUGCCCACGUUUCGCCUGAGAGGGUCACCAUCAUGUGAUCGCUGCAGCACAGAACUGUCUGCUUCUUUACUGGGAUUUUCACAUGUACUGCCAUGUGCCAUGCUGUUUGAUUGAAGCAAAUGAACACUAUUUAUUCAUGUGAUUCUCACUGAAAGGACAUAUUACUUUAUAACUGUUUUACUGUGAACAGUUUUUGCGGACAUGUGAAAUGUGUACUUGUGUGCUUAGUAGCUGUAACUAUUCAUUAUAACUACUGACCAUAUAUGAUUAUUAUGUUACAGGUCUUUGUUCAAACUGAAUAUUCUUUCCUUGACAGUAUCUUGUCAAUAUUUCACCAAUAUUUUGUUCCUAUCCUUUUGUUCUGGCAGAAAUUACACUGCAAUACUGAGUGUUGGUAAUUACUAUUAAAGGGAAAGUCCACCAAUUUAAAACAUAAUGGUCAUUUUACUAGUGCUACUCAGCUUGUUAAAGCAGUAGUAUAACUGUAUAACACAUUGGAGAAAAUAACCCUGGUGAUGUCAGGGUAGAGACUACAGAUUUAUCACAGCAUUAUAAAAUUAAGCAUUCACCAGGCAGGCACAACUGAGCUGCAUUAUGGGAAGUGUAGGAUCCAAAGGUCAGAGUCUCCCAGAUUUAUGGAAGUGCAAUAAGAAGUUGCUGUAGCGUCCCUUUAAUUUUGUACAGUAUUUCUUGAAGGUUAACAUUUUUUUCCCAGUAGUUUUUAUUCUUACAGCUCACAACAAAAUCAUUUUGAAUUGGCACAUGUGUGACAUGUGAGUAACUACUAUCUCAUUCAGUGCUUGAAGUUGCUCCGGCUUUUGCAAUUUUUCAACAGAUGUUUUGAGGUAUUUGUUGAUUCUGCAAUAUCACUGUGUUGUUGUGUUUUUCUGUCUGUCAUGACUGUGUUACUGUGCCAGUGAAUGUUGUGUCCAUCUGUCCUGUUCUAAUCAGUGAGAUCAUUGACUUAUUUUUCAAUAUUCAGUCUUUCUGUAUUUCUUGAAUGCAGUGCUGCCUCUCUGACAGUAGAAUUACAGUAGUUGAUGCAGUAAGUGAAGCUGUUGCAUCCAAAACUGAGUUAGGUCAAAAUCAGUUUGUCCGCCUCAUUACACAGACAGGUGUGAUGAUCUGGUCCUUUUCAGUGUUCAGUUUAUUCAUUUUACUGAGUUCAUUGGUAAAUUUAAUUUGUCUUGCUCUCCUUCUGUGAACUCUCAAAAUGUUGAAAUCAUUCCAUUCUUUCACUUGAACUACCAUAGAGCAGUAACACAACUGUAAGGGGAAAUAAAAGGAAAAAUGUGAUGGAUCAUCUA